AUUUUAUAACAUUUUUUUUUGCUCCACUUUUUUUUAAAGGAUUAUGCUAUGUGUACCCCAAGUUUUGUACCCCAAUUUGUACCCCGCAGUUUUGCACCAACACGUUGUGUUGGUGUAAAACUAAUUUUUGUUAAAUGCACCAACAUUUGUGUCCGUGUGAAUUUUUAUUAACGCACCAACACUUGUGUCGGUGUAAACCAUUGAAAUGUUUAUGCAAACCUGUGGUGUACAAAUGUGAAGAAGAAGAAGAAGAAGAACAUAAUCCCACAAGAAAGCCAAAAAAGAAAAUCAGAAAUGGGAAUCGUGAGACCGGAUAAGAGCCGGAAGAUGGAGAUGGAGGAGCUCCGGCGGACGCUGCUAUCGUGCGCCGGCGCUAACCGGAGAAAAGAAGAAGAGUUCUUCAAAUUAUCCGGCCGGCCGGUUUUUCCGCCGGAGCAAAAUGAUAGACUGGUUGGCGUUACCGGAGGCGUUUCCUUCGCCGGAAUCGCAAUUGUGAAUCAGCUCCUUCUCCGAGGCUACUCCGUCCGGAUCCUCGUCGAUAACGAAGAGGAGUUGGAGAAGGUGAGGGAAAUGGAAGAAUCGGGUGAAAUGAGGGGCUGGAACGGCAGCAACGUGGCGGAGGCAGUGAUGGCGAGGUCCACCGCGGUGGAGAGCUUGUCGGAGGCUCUCGUUGGCUGUCGUGGCUUAAUCCACACCGCUGCUUUCGUCGACCCCGCCGGCCUCUCUGGCUACUCUAAAUCUAUGGCGGAAGUGGAAGUGAUGACGAGCAAGAAUGUGGUUGAGGCAUGUGCACGUGCCAUGUCCGUUAAAUACUGCGUGCUUACAUCGUCUCUGCUCGCAUGUGUUUGGAAAGACCAUAAUGCCCCUCUUAACCACUCUUCCCCACACAAAAUAGAUCAUGACAGCUGGAGUGAUGAGUCCUUUUGCACUGCUAAAAAGCUUUGGUACGCCUUGGGGAAGGUAAAGGCGGAAAGGGCAGCAUGGGAAAUAAUAGCUCAUCGGGGGAAUGGGUUGAAGCUUGCCACCAUUUGCUCCGGCCUCAUCACCGGGCCCCACUUUUGUCAUAGGAAUUCAACUUCCACCAUUGCAUACCUCAAAGGAGCAAAAGAGAUGUAUAGGAAAGGGGUGCUUGCCACCGUGGACGUGAACACAUUGGCAAAGGCGCACGUGGCGGUGUACGAGGAGAUGAGUAAUAGCACCGCGUUUGGGAGAUACAUUUGCUUCGAUAAGAUCAUAAGCAGCCCAGAGGAGAUUGAAAGCCUGGGAAGAGAGACCGGAAUUGAUAUGAGCAGUGUUUUGGAUGAUGCGCCAAACGAGUCCCAAAGUGGUGGCAGAUUCGAAUUGUCUAAUUCAAAGCUUAAUCGCCUAAUCUCAACGACUUUCAAAUGUAAGAAUUACUACUAAAGUUUUAACGUUUUUUUUAUAUGUUGAGACAUUUGAAAAAGUUCUUCAUUUCGUGGACCUUUAAGUUAAUUAUAGUUUUUUUUUUCACAUAAGCAAAUUGAAAAAAAUUGAAAAAUUAAUAAUUGUGUUUAUGAUCC